GUUACUUACCUUCGCGGAAGAGGUUUUCAAUCCAUUAUUUAUCUGGAUGACUUUCUCCUGUUGGGCUCAUCUUUCGAGGAAUGCCAAGCUAACGUUACUACUUCUGUUAAUUUUCUUCAGUCUCUGGGAUUCAUAAUUAAUUUUUCUAAAUCUAGUUUACAUCCGUCAAUUACAUGCAAAUACCUAGGUUUUAUUUUCAACUCAGUAGAACAAUCUAUUUCUAUCCCAUACCAACGCCGGAAUAAAUUAUUACAGUUAACUAGGAAUAUAAUUCGCAAAGAGAAAUGUUCUAUAAGAGAGUUUGCCAGCUUCAUUGGCUCACUCAUCUCUGUAUGUCCAGCAGUUCAAUAUGGUCUACUCUACACGAAGAACUUUGAGAGGGAAAAGGUCUUAGCUUUGAGUAAUUCUAAUGAAGAUUAUUCAGCAACUAUGACGAUUCCUCCUAACCUCCAAGCAGACUUAACAUGGUGGCUUAAAAUAUUUUCGAAUCCUAAUCAGACUAAUAAGAUUCGAUCUGGUAAAUUUGUUCGCGAAAUUUUCUCGGAUGCCUCUUUGAACGGUUGGGGCGCUUCUUGCGGAGACUUACGCACACAUGGUUGGUGGUCGACUAAUGACAAAAUUCUUCAUAUAAAUUUAUUAGAGCUUAAGGCGGCCUUCAAUGCCCUCCGCUGCUUUGCAGCGGACCUUCAUAAUUGCGACAUUCUACUCCGUAUCGAUAACACUACUGCUAUAGCAUACAUCAACAAAUUCGGAUCGAUACGAUACCCCCAUCUCACUGCAAUCUCGAGACAAAUUUGGCGUUGGUGUGAGGAUAGAGAUAUUUUCAUUUUUGCCUCUUAUAUUUCCUCGGUAGAGAAUUUAAUUGCCGAUACUGAAUCUCGUAUUGCGGACCCAGACACUGAGUGGUCACUGUCGGACGAGGCGUUUUGUCGUAUAACAAAACUUUUCGGGCCGUUUGAGAUAGACUUGUUCGCAUCUUUAAUCAAUAAGAAAUGCGACUUAUAUGUUUCUUGGUUUCCGGAUCCAGGAUCUAUCGCAAUAGAUGCGUUCACCUUGUCCUGGAGGGACAUAUAUUUUUACGCAUUUCCACCUUUCAUCUUAUUACCACGAGUAUUGAGGAAAAUAGUGGACGACGGAGCAGUGGGCAUUCUGGUGGUGCCCUGGUGGCCCUCCCAGGCCUGGUUCCCACUGUUUCGUCGUCUUCUCUUAUCAGAACCGAUUAUAUUGUCUCCCAGUCAUUCUCUCCUCUCGUCUCCUUUCAGAGAACGUCACCCAGCCUGGAAGACCCUUUCCCUGGGGGUCGGGAAGUUAUCAGGAGAGCUUUUGAGGCCCGUUUAAUUCCAUCAUCAGCAAUACCAGCACUAUUAGCCUCCUUGUCAACAGCAACUAUCAAGCAAUACUCAAAACCUCUCCGGUCUUGGUGGAGGUUUUGUCAGCACAGUCGCAUAUCCUUCCAUUCUCCAACUGUGUCUCAAGCACUGGAUUUUCUUUCUCAGGAAUUAACUAAUAUUUCCUCUUACUCGAGCUUAAAUACUAUGAGGUCAGCAAUAUCCCUAAUAUCUCAAGCCGAAAUUGGCAAUCACCCUAUGGUUAAACGUUUCUGCAAAGGGGUCGCAGCCCUCAAACCGCCUCGUCCGAGAUAUGAUUAUGUUUGGGAUCCGGCUCCUGUAAUCGCCAAGCUCUCUUCUAUUUAUCCGUAUGAUUCAGUAGAUUUAAAAACUAUUACUAGGAAACUCGUUAUUCUUCUUGCCCUCGGGACGGGUCAUCGCGCUCAGACUCUCUCCUUAAUGAGAAUUUCGCACAUUUCGUUAAGCGAGAAAUUAUUAAUACGAAUUCCAGAUCGUAUUAAAACAUCGGCGCCAGGUCGAGCUCAACCUUUUUUCUGUUUCUCUCGCUUUGUGGAACAUGAGAGUCUUUGCAUCGUCCGUCUUAUGGAGAUCUACAUAGAGAGAACUAGAAAACUGCGACCUAGCACAUGUGAUUUUUUGUUUAUCGCUUUUAAUAAACCGUAUAAAGCCGUUUCAGCACAGACGGUAGGUCGCUGGAUCAGGCAAGGUUUAGAAGAAUGUGGCAUAGAUACCACCGUGUUUUCAGCCCAUAGUACUCGUCACGCUUCAACCUCACGUGCAGCAGACAAGGGAGUCUCUAUCGAUCUUAUUAAACGUGCGGCAGGUUGGACGGGUGAAUCUCGAGUUUUCGCUGAUUUUUAUAAUAGACCCAUUAUCAAUCCGGAGGACUUUAGCAAGGCAGUCCUUUUGUCAUAAGUUUUUUCGUUUUACUGUCUUUAUUUCUUGUAAUAUCAGAGGCAGGAUAUAUAGAAAUAAGAUCCUUUAAGUUGUUUUGUUAGUCAAAGAGACUGUUCUUUUCUGUAUUUUAUAUUUUUUAUAUUCAUUCCGGCACAUGUUUUUUCUUUCUCUCACGGUUAUUGUGUAUUUUAGUUAAAUAAUAUAUUAAUCUUGCUUUUCUAAUAGAAUCUCGAUUCUUUUUCCCAAAGGCUAAUCGCUGUCAAUAUGAACAGCUACAUAGUGCUUCCAUCCGGACGAGACAUAUUGGGCAUAAUUGUUAGAUUGAACGAACUUACCAGUGAAGUUCGAUCCUAAUUAUGCCCUUUGUCUCGUCCGGAUGGACUCCCCUCCCAGACUUAUUCUCCCCCCCUAGAAACAGCGAUUAUCCUCAAAGAUUUGAAUCAUGAAGACGCAGCGUGCUCACGUGACGCACGGCGGCGUAGGCGACGCUGGAUCGCUUGCGCUGGCUUUUUUUUUCUUUGGCGGUUUUUUGAAAACUGUUGUCAGGACGUGAACAGGGGACUACUACAUAGUGCUUCCAUCCGGACGAGACAAAGGGCAUAAUUAGGAUCGAACUUCACUGGUAAGUUCGUUCAAUCUAACAAUUUUAGAGUCUUUUGUUUAUAUAAUCUGGAAAGGAGAUUUCUCGGAUAAUCAAAAAAUUUUCCUAAAACAAACGUUUAUCAUUAUGCACGAACUAUCAGCGUGCCUAAUUAACUUUACUUUACUCACAAGUAAAGGUACAGAAGUAUAUCCGAUUUUGAUAAACUUGAAAUAUGUUGAAAGCUAGACCAAAAUAGGGGACACGUACUGUUUUAUACGUCUCUAUAGGCACUUUUAAAGAGCAAAGCAUCCCUGUGAAAAAAUCGAUUUUUUUAAUUCGCUACAUACAUCGUUGAAAUUAAAAAACAACAAAAUAAAAUAAAAAUAUAACAUAGAAAAAAAAGUACAAAAUAAAAAAGAAUAUUUAAAAUAAAGGUUGCAAAAAGUUAUAUGGUGUAAAAUAUACUUUAUAACAGUUAUACACAAAUGUUUUAUCUUAAUUUUUUAGUUUCUUAUCUGUGUUACAUCUUACAACAUACAUUUACAAUAUUUUCUUCGAAAUUGACCGCGUCUGGAUUGCUUUUUUUUGGUGAGUUUGACAAAAAGAAGAUAUCUGAAAAGCACAGGACAUUCUUUUUAAAGACAUUCUGAGAAUGUCCCUACGUCCUAAGAACGUCUCCAAGAAAUCUCCUGGAGAUCUUUUAUGCUGUCUGGGAUAUAACUCAAAUAAGAACGUUGAUGAAAUGUGCAAUAUAGGCACUAUUUUUAAUAUUAAAAGAAACUUGUUUCCUCUAUUUGUUUGCUAUCACGCAUGGAUGAAUUCAUGUGAUAUAAUUUACUUCGAAUAAAAUAAUAACGAGUUACUUGUUAUAAAAGUUAAUUUUUACUUUUUUGUCAUACGACGAACUUACGAGUAUGCGGUGUAUACAGAUAUUUUCAGAUCUGCAUUAGAGAUUAGAAGAUAUUUAAAAAAUUUUUCUUGCGAGAGACUCUCACGUUUUAAUUUAAAGUUAGAUAUGAGUUUUUCUGUUGAAUUAUAAUUACAAUAUCAUUAAUAUCACGCAUAUGAUUUAAUUAAAAAAUUAAAUUUAAGAUUUUUGACAUGUACACAUAAAAUCAAUGAAUAAAAUAAAUAUUUAAAUUAGUUAUCAAGUGAUUAACUUGAUAACUAAUUAUUGUGAAAAGAAAUUAAUUGGUUAAACAAAUAUUCUGAUUAGGAAAGUCGUAAGAAAAGUAUUUUUUUCAGAGUUUGUCUUAGAUGAAAAAAUCGAAUAAUGUCAAACUUUAUAUAAUUAUAAGAAUAUAUUUAUAUAUUCAUUUAAAUUGAUUUUAAGGCUAUAUUUAUAUUGUCUAAAUGACGCACUUUUUUUACGCAUACGGACGGUGUAAAAGAUUAUGGCUCUCUUAGAUAUUUCAAACGCGAAAAUAAAACAAAUUUUCUUUUAUUCAGGAGAAUUGUAGCUAUAUCGUCUAAAUUAGAACAAACAUAUAUUUAUUAUACAUUUAUUUGUUUUUGGUCUUAACAAAACACUAAUAACGCUUUAAGUUAAAACAAAAAUUUUUUUAAUAAAAGGGCCGCAAUUUUGUGCAGAAUGAUAAUAUUUUGGUUUAAUUCUACACUAUUAAUAUAUAUACAAACUUUUUUUGAAACGUCCAAUUGAAACGUUUCUUUUCAGCUUGUUUUUCAAUGAAACCAGUCUUUCGCUGCUUCGCAGUGUCUCAUUCCAUUAAAGCCUUUGUAUAGGUAUCUCUGAAUCAUCGUGCGUGAAUUCACAAAAUCGCAAAAUAACGGUUGAUCUCGGACGAUUCGUUCGGAAGGGACCCGCCAGGCGCAAUCGCAAGAACGAUCUUUGGACUCCGAGAAGACAUUUCGGAAAAUAAAGGAGGAGGACAUCUAUCCCCGUAGGUGUUCCAAACUCUCGCGCUCAAGGGCGCCGUAAAUGACCACCGGUUUUAAUCAGCUCCGAUUCUUCUGCGUCUCCCACAGACGCAGUUUGACCACGGGAAGUAUCAGGUCGAGGAUAAUAAGCCUAGUCCUGCCAAGGACACGCCGGCGUAUGCCGCCGAAACCUUCUCUCCGUGUCAGUGAACUUGCUUGACCUUCCGCGAGAUAUUCGCGCUGAAACGCUCGGAAAGUCCGACCUCGAAAUAGCACCUCCGCGUGGAGCGGAGUUUCAGAAAUAAGCGUCUACUUACGAAUUGACGGUCUCGUACUUGCGGCGAGUACGUUUGUCGUAUAUACGUUGGGCACAAGCACCCAAGGUCAGGUCUAGUACCAAUAGUUGCCGACUUAAUUUGCAUACCGCGGAUGCUAAACGAUUUUUUAGCCCGCUCGAUAGGUUACCAAGCAUGAUCGAAAUCCCGUCUGAACCAUUCUAAAUCCUCCCAUUGUCCGAAGCUUAAUCUUGACAUUUAACAUCAUUGCCACGGCUACGAUAAAGAAAUAUUCCAUCUGUCAUAAUUAACAUCUCAAAAUAGGAUAGACGUUUCUAAAAACCUGCAGGAAACUAAAUAUCAGGUAUAAAUUAAUCAGGUAUGAAUAAAUAUAUAGUUAUAAAGAUAAAACAUUGAUGAAUUAUUUAACAGGCAAAUAAAUUUUCUUUGUUGUUCUUCCGGAUGUUUCUUGGACAUUUCUUUGACCUCUAAUAUGAUAUCGAGAUGUAUGAUUUUGUCGGAAAGAUGUCUAUAUAUUUAAUAUUUGAUCGUUGAAGUGAAAACAUAUAGUCGUUUAUGUGGUUUGCAACACUUUUUUUAAGAGUUUAUGAAUACGUAAAUUUAAGAGGAUGCUGAAGUUGAAAACUUUACUGACAGAAUAUUUAUAUUUUUCUGCAAAGUUUACAUCGUAUUGGUUAUACAGAAUUACAAAUAUUUUUAUGCAACGAAAGUACGUGCAAAAAUAAAUAGGAUUCAUU